AAUAUUACAAGUAAAUUUUUAAAUGAGGAUUCUUAAAAUAUACGGAAUAUCUCAGAAUCCAGAUACAAAGGAAUUUAUUAUGGUUUUUGACUAUGCAGAAGGUGGAGAUUUAAAUCAUUGGAUGAAUAAAAAUUAUAGCGAUUUUGAUUGGUUAAGGAAAUUACUUUUGUUGUGGAAUAUUAUUAAUGGACUUAGAGAAAUUCAUCAAAAACGGAUGGUUCAUCGUGAUUUUCAUACAGGAAAUAUACUAUUAAUUAAUGAUGAUGUAAAAGAUUACAUGGAUGAUAAUAUUGUACAUAUUUCAGAUAUGGAAUUAUGCGGAGAUGUUAGUAAUAUUGAUCAAAAUAAUAAUUAUGGAGUUAUACCUUACGUAGCUCCUGAAGUGCUCAAAGAGGAACCUUAUACUCAAGCAGCGGAUGUAUAUAGUUUUGGUAUGAUUAUGUAUUUUGUAGGAACUGGAAAACAACCUUUUUCUGAUUGUGCGCAUGAUCAAUACUUAGCAAUAAGCAUAUGUAAUGGAAAUAGACCUGAAGUAAAUGAACCAGAAAUACCAAAAUGUUAUAGUAAAUUAAUGAAAGAGUGUUGGGAUUCAACCCCAGACGAUAGACCAGAUGCGGAGAAAAUUUUUGAAUCAAUAAAUUUAUUUUAUAGUUCAUAUAAAGAUGAUGAAUCAGACUUUAAACGUUAUAUGAAGAUUGAAAAAGAACAACAACACUAUGAAAUUGAAAAACAAUUCAAAGAAGCAGAAGAAUAUAGAAUAUCAAAUCUCUCUUCUUUUGAUAAAAGUAUUAAUACUCAUACACAAGCUAUUUAUAAAUCUCGAUUACUUAAUCCUUUCACCAAAAGUCUAAUUAUUGAUUUUACAAAAAUAAAUAAAGAAGAUUAAACGCUAUUAGUUUUUAGCAUGAGUCAGUAUAAUAAAUCUUUAGCUUAUUGUUAGCUAUAAACAAUAUUUUU